CAUUUUGGAACAUGAGAAAACUUCGCCAUCAUUUAAAUCACUUCACAAGAUUGAUUCAUAUCUCCCUGAGUGGACGUCUUCCCUUGUGAAGGUCCUGUGGUAGCUUUGGGGAUCACAUUUCAUGCCAAAUCGAAUCCCUUCUCAGCUUCAAAAAGUGACCAGAUUUAAGUAAAAUAUUAAUUCGGAUCAAUUUUAUCAUUUGACGGUCGAGAUUAACAGUAGUGACAAGACGUAUGAUUUUACUUUUGAUAUAAAAUAAAAUAAAAUAAAAAUCAGAUUACCACAAUCAAUUAUUCCCAUCCUCAAUUUCCAUCCACUUUCUAUGUCAUCAAAUGAUCCUGUAAUCUUCUUUUCCCUCCAGUCUCGUCUCUCCACCCAUGGUGAGUGUAUUCGGAUUCUGGUUUCGCCAUAACCACUUUCUUAUCUCUUGCUUUUUCUACAAUAAAUUAAUAAUAUCAGUUAAUUUACCAAUUUUGGUGACGUCGUGCUUGACGUCGCCGUUAUCUCUAUAUGAACUCCGUCGUCGCCGCCAAAAGUAUCUUUGGAGGAACACGAUAAAGACGAGGCAAGCGCCGAUUGCCCUGGGAUGCCUACCACCAUGAUAGCUUACGUCGAACAGCAACGGCGCCUCGUGUCUGACGGCGAUGCGGAGCCCAGCGACGGCGGCGACGCCGGCCAGGAGAACAUCGGCGCGCUCGAUGUCGCCGCCGCCGCCGCCGGAGACAUCGCCCUCGCUGCACGGGACUUCGGCGGUAUGGUCUUCAUUCCGCCUGCCACCCUGCUCCGGCCGUCCACGACAGACGACGUUGUCCGCGCCGUCUGCGUCGCUAGGCGCUCGUCCCGACUUACCGUCGCCGCCCGCGGCAACGGCCACUCUGUCGGCGGCCAGGCCAUGGCUAGGGGCGGCGUCGUGCUCGACAUGCGCGAUCUCGGGCCCCCCAUGGAGCUAGUCCGGUGCGGGGGCGUUGCCGCAGACGUCCCCGCGGGGGCGCUGUGGGAGGAGGUCCUGGAGUGGGGCGUCCGGAACCAUGGGAUGGCGCCGACGUCGUGGACGGACUACCUGGGGCUCACCGUCGGCGGGACCCUCUCGAACGGGGGGAUCGGCGGCCAGGCCUUCCGGCACGGCCCGCAGGUGGCCAACGUGGCGGAGCUGGAGGUAGUCACCGGCGAUGGCGAGCGGCGUGUCUGCUCGCCCUCGUUGUGCUCUGAUCUCUUCUUCGCGGCCCUCGGCGGGCUCGGCCAGUUCGGCGUCAUCACCCGCGCCCGAAUCCCUCUCGUCCCCGCCCCCAAAAUGGUGAGGUGGAUAAGGGUGGUUUACAAAGGAUUCGAGGAGUACGCGGGCGACGCUGAGUGGCUAGUGACUCGGGCUGACUCGGAAGCGUUCGACUACGUGGAGGGUUUCGCCUUCGUGAACGACGUCUCCGACCCGGUGAACGGGUGGGGAUCUGUGCCGAUCCUUCCCGGCUCGGUCUUUGACCCGGCGAAAAUCCCGGCGGAGUCGGAGCCCAUCCUCUACUGCCUCGAGCUAGCGCUCCACCACAACCACAGCGGGGCGGCGGGCGUGGACGAGCGGGCGAAGGAGAUGAUGUGGCCGCUGCGGUACAUGCGGGGUCUGGUGUUCGCGGCGGACGUGAGCUACGUGGACUUCCUGUCGCGGGUGGGGCGAUCGGAGGAGGAGGCGCGGGCGAACGGGACUUGGGCCACGCCGCACCCGUGGCUCAACAUCCUCGUCUCCUCGUCGGACAUCGCCGACUUCGACCGCACCGUCUUCAAGCGCAUUCUCAGGAGGGGCGUCGGCGGGCCCAUGCUCGUGUACCCGUUGCUCCGGAGCAAGUGGGACCCGCGGAUGUCGGUGGCCGUGCCGGAGAGCGAGGUGUUCUACCUGGUGGCGCUGCUCCGGUUCAUCGCGCCGCGGGAGGGGGACGCCGCGUUGGAGGAAGCGGUGGCGCAGAACCGGGAAAUCAUCGGUUGCUGCCGGAGUAAGGGCUACGAUUUCAAGGUCUACAUCCCCCGCUACGAGAGCGAGGCCGAUUGGGCCCGGCACUUCGGGAGGGACUGGGCGCGGUUCGUGGAGCGGAAGAGGCGAUACGAUCCCAUCGCGAUCCUCGCUCCCGGGCAGACGAUCUUCGCCCGGGCCGAGCCUCCCGCCGCCGCUCCCUAAUGGAGGCGGUGGUGACGGCUCCGAGGCUGGCAGAUCAUGAUGAUGUUGGGAAGACGGAAGGAAAUAAAUGCUGGAAAAGAGACGAAUAAAAAAAGAAAAUAGUUAGUGGCAGCUGAGACCGGUGGUGGGGAUAGUUAGGUUGGUGGUUGUCAUUGGAUAAUGAUUUGCUUUUUCUUUUUCUUUUUUUCUUAACCCUUUGAUAAAAAGUAAAAGAAUUGUACAGGUGGCAUUUUUCUGUUA